AUGGAUCGCUUUUCCUCCCGUUUUCGGGCUGCCUCUCGGAGGGCCUCACCCUCAGGUGCACGGGAAUCUUCUCCUUCCUUGUCUACCGCCGAUGGCAGACUGGCACCCCCCAGUCGCCACGACACCCCUCCUGUUCUCUCCAUUUCCACGACACCUACGUCCCCUCGUCCGGGCUCGAGUCAUAGCAACACCAGCAGCACCAGCAACAGCGCGCUCUACACUCCCAGGUCGCCCUUCCAAAGCCUGCGUCACUUUCGCUCUGCUCAUAAGAGGGCCCGAUCGCCUGCGCCGGCCUCGUUCCCUGCCGCGACUUCUCCCGCCCUCGCCAACCACGAUGGUACUGUUGAGCACGACAUGAUGUCGCCAGCGAAGGAUCAGCCUACCAACGGCAACGGCAACGGCGCCCACCCGCCUGUAGAGAAGCCCAAGGUUCCUAACUUCCUGACAGUCUCGGAGCAAGUGAUCACGUUGAAGUUCCAAGACCUGACCUGGCAAGAACGCAUUCGCCAAACCCGACCGGAAUUUGUACGCCUGGACGAUCCCGAGGCUAAGCUCCUCGAUCGAUACAUGAACAUCUUCCCCUGGGCCGACAACCGCAUUCACCUGCAAGUACCCGAAGAUCGACUCGACUACAUCAAUGCGUCACCGAUCAUCCUGCAGUCUCCCCUCAAGCCGAACGACCGCUCUCCUCACCGGUACAUCGCGAUGCAAGGUCCCAAGUUCGAGUCGCUGGAGCAUGCCUGGCGCAUGGUUGUGGAGCAGUUGCAAGGUCCAGCUGUCAUCGUUAUGUUGACAGAGACUCACGAGAUGGGCGCAGAGAAGUGUUAUCCUUACUUUCCACGAAGCGUCGAGAGCGAGGUGCUGGAGAUUGGCGAGGAUGACGAGUUUGGAGACGGAUUUCGGGCCCAGGUCACUUGCGCGAGCAUUGAAGAGAGAGCCAAUGGUGCAAUCGAGAUGCGCAAGCUCAAUGUUCAUGUGGAGGGUCGAGAGGAGGACAUGACGGUCUGGCAUCUGCUAUAUCGCAAGUGGCCCGACUUCGGUGUUCCUGCGAUCGAGGACAUUGACAGCUUCUUUGAGUUGAUGCAUCUCUCACGAGAGCUGAACGCGAGCGAGGACAACCCCCGGAUCGUCCACUGCUCAGCUGGCGUCGGAAGAAGCGGCACGUUCAUCGCCCUUGAGCAUCUGAUGCGCGAGAUAGAUUCUGGCGACUUGGAGUACUACAAGGAGACGCCGGACAAGCCCGACUAUCCCUCGUGUGACCUCGUAUUCCACACGGUCAACGAGCUGAGAAAGCAGCGCAUCCAUAUGGUGCAGGCCGAGGGCCAGUACCUGUUCAUCUACCAGGUGCUGCGCAAGCGGUGGAUAGAGAAGUACGGAGUAGUGGACGACCCGGGCGAUGAGCCGGCAGCAAAGAGGUUGGAGGUUGACCACGACCCAUUUCAUUGA